AUGGACGCGACGCUCUGCAACCCGGUCCUCCUCCGCCUCAUCACUGCGUACCAGCACGGCUGGUGGCCCGACAGUCUCGGCUUCCGCGACGACCCGCUCAUCUUUGCGUCGUCCAAUCUCACGGAGCAAGUCGCAGCGUUCGGCGACCGGUUCGCGCCGUGGCUGGCGCGUCAUGGCCUCGACGGCGCCAUUGGCCUCAUGCAACUCUACCCGCCGCUGGCUCCGUGCGUUGCGCUGCAUGCGGCGGCAACCGGCGACCACCCGUUGCGUGCGGCUGCCAUGGGCACCAGUCGCGACGCCACGUCAUGGGCCGCGAUGCUGCGCAAAGUGGCGUCGCACUACGGCCAGUACGACCGCUUUGAAGACAAUGACGACUUGCGUCUCUCGACGCAAUUGGCGCUUCGGAGUAGGCACGUGGAGACCGUGCGACAGAACUACGAAGAGCGCGGGCCGCACGGAUUGCAGCAGUACAUCACAACCGUCGUUGCGGACGGCUACCUCCCAACCGUUCACUUUCUCGUGCAUGAAACCACCGUGUUGUGGCCGCACGACGCAUACGAUAUUGCCGUGAGACAUGGUCACAAGGACGUCGCGACAUACCUCGCCGAACGCGGGAUUGGUCGUGUGACGUCGCAUGAGCUCUCAGCCACAACAUCGCCUCUCAAGAAACUGCAGCUGGUCCACGCACACUUUCCCGACAUGGACCUCAAACACUCGCUCGAGGUGGCUGCGAUGGACGGCCAUGACGACGUGGUCGAAUACAUUUUGGCAACGGGUACCUCGUCGGUCCAGGCGCUGGAGCUUGCCGCUCGGUACGGUCACCUUGCUUGCUGUCAACGACUGCUCGCAUACGAGCGCGCUUCGCACCCUGACAACUUGCUUCCCGUAUCCGUCAUCGUCGCGGCCGUCAAAGGUGGCAACGAUGCUAUCAUUGAACUAUUGCACCCGGUUCAGCUCUGGACCCACGAGUACAUGGACACGUGCGCGGAGUUUGGUCGACUGGAUCUCGUCACGUCGCUGCACAACGCUGGGCGCUUUGCGGGCUCCUACGCAGCCAUGAUUAGGGCAGCAACCAACGGGCACUUGGCGGUCGUCCAGUUUCUCAAGACCCACCAGUACGACGACUGCGGCGAGCUCGUGAUGCAUGGCGCUGCAGGCCACGGGCAUCUGGACGUCGUCGUCUUCUUGCACGAGCACUGCGACCAUACGGCUUCGCCCUACGCGCUGUUCGAUGCGGCCAAGCGCGGCCACGUCGACGUGGUGCGCUAUCUGCACAGCGUCAUGCACACGCCCGUACUCGAUACCGUGCCCGAGCGCGCGGCGCGUCGUGGGCACUUGGAGGUCGUCCGCUACCUCCACGAAGAAGGACUCGGUCAAUGGUCACCCCGCGUCAUGGACAUCGCCGCCGCCUCUGGCAACUGCGACCUCGUGGCCUAUUUGCAUACGCACCGAAGCGAAGGCUGCUCGCCUGCUGCGCUGGACGACGCCGUCAUCCAAGAGCACCUCGAGGUCGUGCGGUAUCUCUGCGAGGUUGUGCGGGUGACGCCGACGAUUGCGCCGUCGGCCCUGCGCCAAAGUUCGGCCGACGUCCUUGUGUACCUCGACUCGAUUGGUGUCGAUAUCCUUGGUGCCCUCAGCAGCGCCUAUACUCGGCGGUUUGUUGCGCUCGCCGAGUACUUGGCGUACCGGUAUCGCUUGAAAGUUUAA